GAUGACGAGAGGAAGCAAAGAAGCCCAGAUCUCCAACAGCUUCCCAGCUUGAGCAGAGGUCCCAAAGCUAGAAGAGAAUGGGCUGGGUCAGCCUACUCCUCCUGCUGCCCGUCCUUCUGAGGGUCCGGGGACAGAGUGAGACGGAGCAGGGAGGUGGAGCAGGGAUGGGGGGUACAUACACAGGAGAGGGAUGGACUAUGGCCAUGAGUGCAUGAGUGUUACAGCCUGUGGACAAACUCUGACUCAAGGACGAAUCCUCGGGGGCCAGGAAACUACCCUAAUACAGUGGCCAUGGCAGGCAAGCCUGAAGUAUAAGACCCACCACUGGUGCGGGGCCACCCUCAUCCACUCCAGCUGGGUGAUGACGGCUGCUCAUUGCCUCCAACAUCUUUUCUCAGUCCUUAGAAGGGACCUGAGGGAUUUUGGAUGCCUGACUUACCAAAUGACUGCCUCCGAGACAAUUCCAACAUCUGCUCCCCUCCUUCUCCUCAGCCACGCUCAAGAUCCCAGGGCUUCGAAAGUUCAACUGGGCUCCCGUACAACCAGGCCACACAAAUUAAGCUUUAGCUAUUUGCAUUCCCGACGGGUGACCAAAAUCAUCUUGCAUCCCUUCUACUUUGGGUGGCCUCCCAAGGACAUCGCUCUGGCCAAGCUGCAGUCACCAAUCCGCUUCAAGAGGAGCAUCCUCCCUAUUUGUCUCCCAAUUUCCACGACAGAGUUUGAAAAUGUGACCACGUGCUGGGUGACAGGUUGGGGAAGAAUAAAAGAACAUGAAUGCCUAAGAAAACCUUGAUACCUACAAGCAGUAGAAGUGCCUCUCAUUGAUCAGAAGACCUGUGACCUAUACUAUCACAUAGGAACAAAACUUCCUCCUUUUGUAUCCAGGAUAUAUGAUGACAUGACAUGUGCUGGCUUUGUACAGGGCAAGAAGGCUGCCUGUCAGGGUGACUCUGGAGGCCCCUUGACAUGUAAGGUCAAAGGUAUUUGGCAUCAAGCAGGUAUUGUCAGCUGGGGAGAUGGCUGUGGUCGACCCUACAGGCCUAGUGUCUUCACCAAUGUCAGUGUGCACACUGACUGGAUCUUAAGCAUAAUUAAUUCAAGCACUUUUAGUUUAAUGCCCUCUAAGCUUCUCUUCCUCCUCACUCUACAACUGUCUUAGGCCUCCCUAAGCCUGUUUCCCAAAUUGUCUGAGAUGGGGAGGACAGGGCUCUUCCAGGGCCAGGCACUUUGGUAAAGAUUGAUUCAGGUCUCUUGCAUGCUCCAUUGAAAGGAUGUUUAAAGCCCCAUAGGUCCUGGACUAAGAGGGAUUUCAUUCAAGGGACAAAGUACUGACUAGCAAGAAGAAGUGGUGGUGGGGCUAGGGAGACUGUGAUGUUCUCUCUGUACUCACAUAUUUGUCUUUCUAUCUAAUUGCUUUUGGUUGACUGUUUUAAUUUAAAAAAAAUUUCAUGAUAAUACCAAUCCUUACUGUGACUUCCUUUUUGUCCCAUUCCUGGGUCCAUCUCACCAAUCACGGCCAAGGAGAAAGGCAAUUAUAUAUGGAAUAUAAAAGUGAAAACUAGACUAUUCCUGCAGAUCUCCAGCUCAGGCCUCAAUGAAGUUGCUGUUCUCUCCGUCAUGGGGACUUCUGACUCACAGUGUGUCUCCACUCCCCAUCCUUUCCUGGCAUUCACUCUUGGCUUCUACUUGCCUUUUGGAGCUAGGAACCAGCUCAAGCACAGUAGGAUAUUGCAGAUUCUGAGUCUAAACUCCCCAUGAGAUUAGGUUUGUAUGCCCAAGAGCCUUCUGUAGUGGUAGUAACUUGAGUAGAGAACAGAAUGUGGAGUCAGAAAUAAGGAGAAAGGCGACUACAUUUUAAAAAAAAGGACUCAAUAAGUGAUAAGUGGAGACUGCAUGAUUGCACUGGAAAGACACUAGCUCUGGAGACACCAAUCAUAGCCUUCAAGAAA